CCCGUACGUAGCAAAUAGCCUUCCUUGUUGUGAGGAGUACACCUGUGCAAGUCUCCAGGUGGCAGGAGGCUUCUUCCAGACUUUCAGACUCCCAGACUCCCAGACUCCCAGACUCCAAGCUUCAUGCUCCAUCGACUUCUUCUCGACCAGAUUCAUUCGAUUCCAUAAUACAACAGUCGUCAAUCUAUUUCUCUACAUUCGUUACUUGACCAUUGGAGAGCUAGCCAUCGCGCGCCCACCAGCCACGUCGUCGCGAAAGGAAUCCAGCGAUCGACCCCCAAAGUUUUACCUCGAAUACAUAUCACCAUGAAGUUUCGGAAGCGUAAUGGACCACUUCUCCUCCUCCUCGUGUCGUUUGCAGCGGCAUUGUCCCCCGCUGCCCAAGACAAUACACAGUCAAGCGUGUCGAAGCAGACACAACCUGGAGAUUCUGAGAAAUUAGAUCACAAUUCCUCACCUGUCAUCGAUUUGACCAAGGGGAAGUAUGAUGUCGGUACGAAGGAUGCGCCAGUAGACGGCAAAGAUGGGAAGCCGCAUGCGGGCCCAUUCGUGGGUUCAGAAAAAGAUCCAAAAGCGAAGGCAGGCUCCGAUGCAGCUGAGCUAGCGUCAAGACCUGGGAAGGACGACUCCUCAGAGCUUGUUUCGCCGGAUGGCAGUAAGAUCCCGCUAGUUAAUGAUGGAGUGAUGGAUGAUCCCAAUCGACAAAUACCGAAGCAAGGCACAACUGGUACAGAAGGGGGUGUGAGCGAGAAGGAUAAAGCACGAAAAGCGCACGAAGGGCAAACCGGGGAAAAGCUCGAGAAGAAACCAGACUCGCCCAAAGAGGCACCCCCGUUACCCCCGAGCGAGCAAGUUAAGAUCGAAAGUGAGAAGAGCAAACUUGAAGGCGAGAAGAGCAAAUCGAAGGAUGAUGGGCGCGAUGGCGACGAUAGCGUUGAGAGUCUUGCUGGGAUCGAGAAACCCAACGACCUCCCCCAGAAGCCCAACAAUCAACCACAUCCUGUGCCUAAUUCGGCUCAGAAAGACCAUCUAGACGUUUCGAAGCCAGAUUCGAAACCAAGUCCCAAGGUCGACCCACUGGAAGAAGAUGAAACUGAGGGUCUCAUUCAACCGCUACACUCCUACGUCCUGUCUCUCACUAUGAUUCUCUUUUCCGAGGUCGGCGACAAGACCUUUUUGAUUGCAGCACUUAUGGCUAUGAAGCAUGAUAGAUUGCUUGUCUUCUCCGCGGCAUUCUCUGCAUUAAUCGCCAUGACAAUACUCUCCGCCGUGUUAGGCCAUGCAGUUCCGACAUUGAUCCCAAAACGAUUUACCAACUUCCUGGCCGCAGCAUUAUUCCUCGUCUUUGGGGGCCGCAUGCUGAAAGAGGGGUUGGCUAUGAGCCCCGAGGAAGGCGUAGCCGCAGAAAUGCAAGAAGUUGAGAUGGAACUCGCGGAAAAAGAUACCAUGGCACGUCAACACGGACGACGACGUUCGUCAAUUUCACCCUAUACUCUUGAGAUGGGGCUCGGACGUGGGGGUACAAGGAAAUCCAGAUCAGGAUCCCGGUUACCAUCACCACCUCGCAGCCCUUCAUCAUCACCUGAUCGAUCCCUAUCGCCUCCUAGAUCGGCUCUCAAAGGCAUUCUGGCGGGUCUCGACAACCUUUUCUCGUUCCUGCUCAGCCCAGCGUGGGUGCAGACCUUCGUGAUGACGUUUCUGGGGGAGUGGGGUGAUCGAAGUCAAAUCGCUACCAUUGCCAUGGCUGCGGGACAAGAUUACUGGUGGGUAACUGGUGGAGCUGUCAGCGGCCACGCUGUUUGUACCGGGGUAGCUGUAAUCGGCGGACGAGCUAUUGCAGGCAGAGUGAGCAUGAGAGUUGUUACAUUAGGAGGAGCGAUUGCGUUCCUAGUCUUUGGAGUGAUCUACUUAGCAGAGGCGCUGUAUUACGGGUAAUGGAUCCUGCCUCCAAUAGCCAUUUCAAUGGUACAUGCAAAGAUAUUCGUCCUUGGCUCUCACCGCCGCUAUUUUCAUUGGUGCUUGUUCAUGCCACAGAUGCCCUAAAAGAUGGGCCACCGAUUGGGUAUUUGUAGGGGCGCAAAUAACCUGGGUUAUUGACUGGUUACGGGCUCAGGCUUGGUCGACGGAGUGUAAGGUCUGGACGUACGGAGUAGAGAGAGCAUUAUUUGCGGGAGUAUAAAAAGGCC